UGACGUUCUUGCAACUGGAAUCAUGUCUUUUGUAAUGCACGAAAUUGUAUAUUUCGGGCGUUCCCUCCCUUGGAUCUUUAUAGACACUCUCGGUUUGUUCAAGAACUACAAGAUACAAAGCGUGAGGCUCAGGAUCACCGAAGCUUACUUGCCAUGGUUCUAAUUGGGUUACAGAGCAAGAUACCAUCCUUACGAGAGCAAUGGGAUUGUGCUAGAUUUGUGCUACUCAGCCAUUUUACCGUGGAGCUGCCACAAAUAUGGCUUUUCCACCCGAUGGCCCAGUUUUUCGGCCUCUCCACCUCUGUACCUUUUCCCUCUUUGUGGACCAUGGCUUAUCAAAUAGCGAUAUUCUUUGUCCUGGAAGACACGUGGCAUUACUUUUCCCACCGUGCUCUCCAUUGGGGUCCACUGUAUAAAGCCAUCCACAAGAUUCACCAUCAAUAUUCCGCACCUUUCGGUAUGGCAGCUGAAUAUGCUUCUCCAAUUGAAGUCAUGAUUCUUGGAUUUGGUACUGUUGGUUGUCCAAUUCUAUGGUGUGCAGUAACCGGCGAUCUGCAUAUUUUUACGAUGUACAUCUGGAUCGUCUUGCGGCUUUUCCAGGCCAUUGAUGCGCACAGUGGCUAUGAGUUUCCAUGGAGUCUUCAUCACUUCCUCCCUUUCUGGGCUGGCGCAGACCACCAUGAUCUCCACCACGAGAAGUUUGUAGGAAAUUAUUCCAGCAGCUUCAGGUGGUGGGAUUAUCUUCUGGACACCGAAUACUCCCCGGAGGCUAUCAAGAGGAGAAGGGAAAACAAGUCUGUGAAGGAUACCAAGAAGGCUCAGUGAUAUUCCAGUCUUUGCAAUGCCUGAAAUAAAUGUGACCUGUAUGGGCCAUGUCUCAGGGCCAUAUGGGCUCUCUGGCGACACGGCCAUUCGGCGGGACUUGACCAUGGUUAUCGACGACGUGAUACAUCAUUUUAUGACUUACACUUGCUAAUAUAGAGAUAUGGAUUUUAAUUCAAGUUUUAUUCUUUUGGGUCGAUUGACUAGCUGAGGGGUGUCAUGGCUAGAAUUGAACUAUAUCCCUUGCCUUGAGCAGACAUGUAAUUUACUUUUUGAAAAUAGUUUUAUCUCCUUGUCAUAUAUGUUCUUUAAAUUCUAGUUUUGAUCCUUAUGAUAGGAAAGAGGAGCAAGGCUGUUUAAGGGGCGUUGUUGGAGAUGUGUUAAUGUUGGGCUUACAUCAUAAU